AUGAAGAAGAAGAAGAGAAAGAGAAAGGAAAAGAGAAAAAGAACAAAAUAUCAAUAAGAUUGUCGCGUAAAAAGCGGGAACUUCCGCCAAGCCUUUACCAGUUGUGCUAGCCGCAGCCUCGCGGGACUGAGACGCAUCAUUAUGUUCGCGCGUGAGGCUACGACUCUUAAAUUAAUUUCUCUCUAUUCACAGCUCAUGAUCGACCUCUGAAGGAACUCAUAUCUUCUACAAUCUUCUUUAUUUUUGAUCUUAUUGCUCACACGUCUUUUACUUCACCUCAGAAAUCGUUGAAAGAACAAUAAGGUGAUUCGCGUCGAUACGUGGGGAACAAAGUCUCAUCUCUGCCGUAAUGUCGGACAGAGAAUUUGGAGGAAACGAUGAUCUCUCUCUUCCCAAAGCAACCGUCCAGAAAAUCGUAACUGAAAUUCUUCCGCCCUCAUCAGGCGUUGCAUUUGGGAAAGAUGCUCGCGACCUUCUCAUAGAAUGCUGCGUCGAAUUCAUCACGCUCAUCUCGUCAGAGGCGAACGAGAUUUCAGAGAAAGAGGCCAAGAAGACCAUCGCAUGCGAACACAUCACGAAGGCAUUGGAACAGCUUGGAUUUAGCGAGUAUGUGGCCGACAUUUUAGAUGUGGCGAAUGAUCACAAGGAGCAACUGAAGGGCCGCGAGAAGAAGGCGAAUAAACUUGAGCAGAGUGGACUCUCGACCGAGCAGCUGCUGGCAAUGCAAGAGGCUGCAUUCAAGGAGGCGGCUGAGAGACACGGCUGACCUGGAUGUACAAAAAUAUGUCGUUGCAUUAUCAGGCGUUGUUGGCGUUGUUUGGUUUAUAGCAAUGGAGAACGGGAAUGGUAUGGGCAUGGUGAACGGGAACUUUCUGUGGUGGUUAUGGCACUGGAUUGCCAUUUUAGCAGUUUCAUAAGAAUCACCUCUGGUAGCAUCGAAUACAGCCACCUGACAGCGAUCA